GCUGGAGAUGCACCGGUCUCUGUGUGUGCGCGCGCGCGUGUUAUUUGCUGUGUUUGUGAGCACCGGAGAUCCGCCAUGACUUACAUCGCGGUCGUUCUCCGCUCGGCGGCGGCGGCGGUUCUCACCGGUGAGCGGCUCUAAUAUAGCGUCACUCUGUCAGAUAAACAUGUCAUGAGAGAAAGAGAGUCCAUCAGAGAAGAUGACUGAUUACAGAGAGGAUGGCAUGGACCUGGGCAGUGAUGGUUCCAGUCGCUCCAGUUCUGAGAACAACUCCAACAAGGUGACGCCAUGUUCUGAAUACAAAUCUUCUCCCAGUCUGGAUCUGGCCGGUCUGGACGACUAUGAGGAAGAUGAAGACUGCCAGCCGUACCGGAGGAGAGUACUGCUGGACUGGGAGAGAGAAUAUGACGACCGGCAACAGGACUAUAACCACACUGGAAUGUUCCACGAAUCCAUUGACAGCCGCAACUUGGCCGAGGAAUUGCAAAAGGUCGAGUCACCUGCGCCCCCGUUGGUUAACUGCGUGUCCAAGGAGCGUAAACAGAACGGUAAUCUGAUAGAGCUCUUUGACCACCCGCUGUCACCCGGCUUUUGUAAAAGUAAGACCUUAAGCAGACCUGACCGUGAGAGUGCCGUCAUGAGACGGGAAGCUGGAGAGGCGGGAUGUGGGCUGGGAGGAUGCAGAGAAGAAUGUUUGGAGGAAAGUCAACUUCCUGCCAUGGACUGGGCGGCUCUGGAGAGACACCUCGCAGGUCUGCAGUUCAGAGAACGACAGCAGAACCACGGCCUGACUCGAAGCAACUCCACCUAUGCCCAGAAGAAUGAGCGUGAAUCUAUCCGACAGAAGUUGGCACUGGGAAGUUUCUUUGAUGAUGGGCCGGGCAUCUAUACAAGCUGCAGUAAAAGCGGCAAACCCAGUCUGUCAUCACGGCUUCAGAGUGGCAUGAAUCUACAGAUUUGCUUUGUGAAUGACAGCGGCAGUGAUAAAGACAGCGAUGCGGAUGAUAGCAGGACAGAGACGAGUCUGGAUACACCACUCUCACCAAUGAGCAAACAGAGUUCAUCAUAUUCAGACAGAGACACCACCGAAGAUGAUUCAGAGUCGCUGGACGAUUCAGACUUUCUGAGUCGACAGAAGAAGCUUCAGGCGGAGGCCAGGCUGGCGUUAGCGAUGGCCAAACCCAUGGCAAAGAUGCAGGUGGAGGUGGAGAAACAGAACCGUAAGAAAUCUCCUGUGGCAGAUCUGCUUCCUCAUAUGCCACAUAUCAGUGAAUGUCUGAUGAAGAGGAGUUUAAAACCCACUGACCUCAGAGACAUGACACUCGGCCAACUGCAGGUCAUCGUUAAUGACCUUCACUCACAGAUCGAGGGUCUAAAUGAGGAGCUGGUUCAGUUGCUGCUAAUACGAGAUGAGCUUCAGAUGGAACAGGAUGCCAUGCUGGUGGACAUUGAGGACCUGACCAGGCAUGCUCAGAGUCAGCAGAAACACAUGCUGGAGAAGAUGCCCUCUAAAUGAAGUCCACACUUGACAUCCUCAGACACUUUUCCUUAGUUUCUGUGCUUUAUAACAGCUGAUGAUUGGUCACAUCCUCACACACAUUAAAUAAAAGCAAAGUGACUGUCCGGGACCUUCAGGAGAUUACUGAGAUCGCCUUCACUGGAGAUCUGAUGUGAGAUCGGUGACGAGUCCUGAGAGCUUCCCACAUUCUGUCGUUCACUUCCAUGUGCAGUGAUUGGCCUUUGCUUUGUCAUAGAUUUGCUUGAAUCUUUUAUUUUCGCCACUAAAUUGUAUAAACCUAGUGAGAAAUUUCAUUCGAAUUAAAAUUAUACAAAAAAAAUGAAAAGAACGAGCAGUGAAUGAAAUGUUUGAGUUGGACAGUAUUUAUAAAAAGAAAGAAAUGCCUCUUUGAUGGUUUUCAGAUGAAAUGUUUGAUUUGAAGGUGCUAAAGAGGAAUUUUGCCUGCCUUGUAGUUGACUUGUAGCUUUUUUGGUAACACUUCACUCGGUACUCAACAUUUCCUGAAUGUUGAUCUUCUGCCACGUCAUUUAAAUAAGUGUGUUCAUAUCGUUAUCAUUCGUAUUGUAUUCAGAUUCUUUAUUUGAGGGAGAAAUGGUUAUGUACAGAUCUGUAUAAAAUACAAAUAAAACUUUGUUUCAUAGAG